AUGUCCACUGCCGUCCUCGGCCCCGCCGCCGACCGUCCGGAGAUUGACGGUCCCUGCUCGGGGGCGGCCGAGGACAGGCGGCCGACCGAGGGCCAUGGUCAGCGUCGACGGCGACUGCUUCGCCGGCCCAAGCUGCGUCUCGAGAUACGCGACCUCGCCCAUCCGGGAACCAGCGUGUUUCUCGCCGCCGUUGACCCCAUUGCCUGUGUCACCGAUGCCAUUGCCAAUGUCGCCCGCCUCCUCUACCACGCCACCGUCGUUGACAGCGAUGCCGCCGCCGCCGACGACGACGACGACGUCACCCCCUUUCACCCGCCCCCAACCCGCUCCGUCACGCUGGUGCUGCGCGAAAUGCCGGGCAUCGCCUACACGGCCAGCUCCGACCUCGACGCCGACCACAAAGAGGUGCACCUCUCGCUCGCCUACCUCGCCCGCCUCCCGUCCUCCCGCGCCGCCGCCGAGGUCGCCGGCGUCGUCACCCACGAGCUCGUCCACUGCUUCCAGCACAACGGCCUCGGAACCUGCCCCGGUGGCCUGGUCGAAGGCGUCGCCGACUGGGUGCGUCUGCGCUGCGGCCUCGCCCCGCCUCACUGGGCGAGGGACCAUGACGGCGGCGGCGGCUGGGAUGCUGGCUACCAGACGACGGCCUACUUUCUGGACCAUCUCGACACAAACCUUGGUGGUGACUUUGUGCCGCGGCUCAAUGAGAAACUGCGCGUGUGCCGGUACGACGAGGCUGCCUUUUGGUACCACCUCAGCAAGAUGUCGGUCCAACAGCGGUGGACUGAGUACGGCCUCGGCCUCAAGGCCCAAGACCAUCUCCCUGAUACUUGA